CCAAAUUAAACACAAAUAUAUUAAAAUAAAAUAAAAUUGCUUAAAAACAAUUAAAAAUGACGUAAAAAACCCACAAACUAAAAAUUGUGCAAAGUGUUGCGCGCUAAUCGCGCUGGGAGCUCACAGCGCAUAGCUCUCAGAAGCAGCAAACUCGCUUGCUGUUUACCGCUGACAGUUCCGCUGGGCUAUUUAGCAAACAAAAGUGUCCGACACCCUGAAUAAACAACAGCAAAACGAAAACGAAAAUUAUAAAACACCACAUAAUUGCCAUUGUUGAUGUUGCAACAGCAGCAUCAUGCAUACUGCUGCCAGUACCGCCUCCACGCGCGCAGCCUCGCCAGCUCCAUCAGCUACCUCUGCUAGUGGCCGUCACAACACAAUUAGCCUUUUAAGCAGCUUCAUGCGUCGCUUAUUAAAACUUUUGAUUAGCUGCAUUCUCAUGCCGGCCAUGCAACAUCACAUCCACAUUAAUUGGUCUCCAAUGUCAACAGCUCCAACGGCCGGCAUCAUCGUGCAUGCAUCCGCCAUCUCCGUUUCGGUCUCGCUGUCCGCCUCGAACUCAACUAGCGACAUCGCUGCGACAUCUGCGCCCAACGCUGAGCUGAACGUUGGUGUUGCGGCUGCUGCUGCUGCUGCUGCUGUUUUGUCCGGCUUGGGUUCACGCGCACCCGCCCCCUGGUCCAUGGCCGCCUCUCACAUGCGCCUAACGCAGCGCAACAAUCAUGCGAACAUUUCUGAAUUGCUGGACAAUUUAUUGCGUGGCUACGAUAAUAGCAUACGACCGGGUUUCGGAGGUCCACCAGCCACAGUUGAAGUAGACAUAAUGGUUCGCAGUAUGGGGCCCAUCUCCGAGGUGGAUAUGACCUAUUCCAUGGAUUGCUAUUUCCGUCAGUCAUGGGUGGAUAAACGUUUAGCCUUCAAAGGCGCACAAGACACAUUGGCUUUGAGUGUUUCGAUGUUGGCGCGCAUUUGGAAACCAGAUACAUAUUUCUAUAACGGUAAACAAAGUUAUCUACACACCAUAACAACACCAAAUAAAUUUGUACGAAUCUAUCAAAAUGGCAGGGUGUUGUAUUCGAGCAGAUUAACAAUCAAAGCUGGCUGCCCAAUGAAUUUAGAAGACUUCCCCAUGGAUAUACAAAAGUGUCCCCUAAAGUUUGGCUCGUUUGGCUACACGACAGCGGAUGUUGUUUAUCGUUGGAAUCGCGAGAGACCAGCUGUUGCCAUUGCGGAGGAUAUGAAAUUGUCACAAUUCGAUUUGGUUGAUUGCCCGGCGGGCAACCUCACCGAUGUGAUCUACAAAGCAGCCGCACCGCACGAUGGCUCACACACCAGCAGCGGCAGCGGCAGCAGCGGCAACAACAAGAAUGGCAAUAGAAAUAGCAAUAAUUACUACAACAAAAAUGCGGCCAACAAUUUCAAUCACAAUCGUUACAAUCAGAAAUAUGGCAGCAAAUCGAUGAGUACGUUUGCGGGGCCGGGUGCAAAGAAUCAACAUGCACGGGGCACUGGGCUGCAAUUAGACAAAGCUGAGUAUUCAAUGCUAAUGGUGAACUUCCAUCUACAACGUCACAUGGGCAAUUUUCUCAUUCAAGUCUACGGCCCUUGCUGUCUAUUGGUGGUGCUCUCAUGGGUAUCAUUUUGGCUAAAUCGUGAAGCUACCGCUGAUCGUGUUUCGCUCGGCAUUACCACCGUACUAACGAUGACAUUUCUCGGUUUGGAAGCACGCACCGAUCUGCCGAAGGUGCCCUAUUUGACUGCGCUUGAUUUUUUUGUGUUUCUAUCCUUCGCCUUUAUUUUCGCCACCAUUCUACAAUUCGCUGUCGUGCAUUAUUUCACGAAAUAUGGUUCCGGUGAAUGCUACUUUAUUAUCGAGGAAAUGGAUUCGGAUACCGAAUCCGAAGCCGAUGCGCGCACACUAAAGAGCGAAUUUAAUGUGAGUACCGAGUCGAAAUUGUACGAGGUUAUACCGCUUUCCAUGUGUUCGAUACCCAUACAUAGCGCCGGCGGUAAAGGUUCGACGAGCAGCAGUGGUAUCGGUGUGGGCGCUGGCGCACGCGCUCGCCGCAAUUCAGGCGCUAGACGGCGUAUGCUGGGCGGUGGCCGGAGUGAAGGCGCUGUUGGUGGUGGUGGACGUUACAAUUUUAAUUGCUUCGCAUGGCCGUGUUUCCGGCGUCGCAAGCGAGGUCGCGUGGGCUUCGAUAUGUCCGAUGAGGAUGACGAGGAGGCGCAUUUGCGAGCGGGCGAAGAGCCCACACCGCAUCGUGCCUCCGGCAAACGGCGUAUGUCCUUCUAUCGGCGCGAAGAAUUGGAGGCGCGUCGCAAAGGCAAGCGGGUACCGCAAUACAAUUCCGUUUCGAAAAUCGAUCGCGCAUCACGCAUAGUCUUUCCGAUGCUCUUUCUACUCAUCAAUGUUUUCUAUUGGUAUGGCUACUUGUCGCGCAGCUCACGAAUACUAGCGAAUACGCCAACGACCACCUGAUGUUACCUUUUAGCAAUUUAGAUCAAGUCCGGGAGGAAAUCAAAGCGAACGGCAAUGCAACGGCGUUGGUACAAUGAAUUAUUCUAGAAUAUAAAAUUGCAACUUGCAAAUAUUGGCGACAUUGGUCAACUACUAAUUGAAAUCAAAAGAUAUUUUUGGAAAAAAAAUUUGGAAA